CUCAACUCGAACUUUCACCACCUCAAAGUUUAACUCAUCACCGUUACCUUAACACAAACCUUUGCCACUAAAACUCGAUUCAACUUCAUUUACGGCCCCACAGUUUCACCACCUCAGCAAGCUACUUGACCACCUCAACAUCUUUUGAAUUUGUCAUGGAACAUUUGGCGACUUCGAACAGCCCUCUUGUGGAUGGACCCUCACCAAACUCCGAAGAAUUCUACAUGCCAGCACCACCUGAGACAGAGAUUAUCACAACUGAUGGCUCUCGCCACGCAAUGGACGACUAACCUGAUCGAUGUUUUGAACGCUCUGAGCUCACUCUCUUCAAGGCUUCUAUCACAACACCGCCUCAAAAAGCACUUGCAUAUCUAGAAAGUCAUUCAUCUGAUGUAUUAGAUCGAUCUGCUUAUCUGUUGGCUCGCGCACGACUCCUCACAGAUCUUGGUAGAACCCAAGCAGCUGAAUGGGCUUGGCUCGAUCUAAUCGAGGGUAACGCGGAAAAUCGGACUUAUUUGAAUGGUUAUAUCAAUACCAAAAUACUCGAUGGCCAGUCGUCAAAUAUGGAAGUCUUGACAAAUCUUACUGAGCGUUAUCCAACUUCCAAACUCAUUCAGCGUACCAUCCUCGAUCACGCAGUUGGCACUCAAUUCGAAGCUGAAUUAGAGUCAUAUCUUUACGAUAGAUUUAGCAAAGGCAUCCCCUUCGUUUUCAACGAUCUUAAACCCCUUUUGGCCGAUCUUGAGAAAGCUCGUAUCAUUCAAGCCGUUGCAGAACACUUACGAAGCCAAUUUGGACAUAGCUGUGAUGCUAACACAGAAUUACCAUCAACCUAUCUUUGGAUCUUACAUUUCUUGGCCCCACUUUAUUCUUCUUCACACUUUGGACUCACUUCUCAAGCGCUAGAAGUGGCUCAACUUGCGAUCCAACAUACACUUACUCUUCCUGACCUCUUUCUUUCAUUAGCUCAUAUUUAUAAACGAGCAGGGGCUUUCACAAAAGCAGCAGAUGCAUUGAGAGCAGCGCGAGAGCUAGAUGGCCAGGAUCGAUUCUUGAACUCGAAAUGUGCAAAGUAUAUCCUGCGGUCAAUUCGAGCUUAG